AUGGCUAUUGAAGUUGUCCCCCUCACAGAGGCCGACAUCCCCGACGCCAUCGAGAUCAUCCAAUCGGCCUUCGCAGAGGAUCCAUAUUUCAAGUGGGUGUUCGAUGCUGCCAAUUUCAAUAAAGAACGAAAUCAUGACUCUCUCGCUGUCCGAUGCCGUUGGGGCAUCAACAACGCCAUCUUUCAAGUCGCCAAGGAGACACCGGAUGACGAUACGGGCGAUGCGACCGGCGACCGAACGGCCACCUCGCGCGUCGUGGGUGUCUCCUGCUGGCUCCCGCCCCAUUCACCCUCCGAGCCCGAGAGCUGGUAUACCUGGUCGCAAGGGUGGUUGCUCACUGCUCGCCAGGCAUUGAACAACCUGCGCCAUUGGGGCCGCGGGGGCCUGCGCACGAAUCGCUAUUGGAUCUGGAAGGCCCGUCAGCAUGAGGCCCAGAGCCAGAUCUGGGAUGACCCCAAGGGGUAUUAUUUCUGUAAUAUCGUGGCCGUCCGACCGGGCACGCAGGGGAAAGGUAUUGGUCGGAAGCUCUUCGAGGCCGUGACGGAUAAGGCGGACCAGGAGGGGGUCAAAUGCUACCUGGAGAGCUCGCGGAAUGAGCCCAACGUUCGGAUUUACGAGAAGAUGGGGUUUGAGAUGAAGAAGGAGAUGGAGUGUAGGGAUGGGGAGGAUGUGUGCAUGCUCUAUUGUAUGGUGCGCAAGCCGAGGUCGAAGUAUUAG